UUUUCUGGUCUAAUGGGUUUCAGUGGAUUAUAUUCUGCUAAGCCUUCACUUUAAUAUAGAGUAUCUAAAAUUCAAUUUAGUUUGGAUCCAUUUGAAAUGAACCACGUUCUUAUGUGUUACUGGCAAACCUUUUAUUGCCUUUAUGAUAACAGUGGCCUAAGAAACAGAUAAAGAGAUGAACUUUGAUAAAGAGAUGUACUUUGAGACUCUCUACCUGAGAAAUCAAGUGACAUCCUUAGAAUUUGAUUGAGAAGAAUCAUUUUAGUCAUGAGAGGAGCAUAAACCACAUUGAGAGCACUUCUAUGCGUUCAUAUGUCUGUUUGCAGGGUUACGACUGUGAGAUAUAAAAGGAGACACAAGCUCCAAAAUGAGUUCCUCUGGAGAACAGCACACAGAGAAAGACCAGAGUCUGAUUCAGCUAAAGAGAUCAGACUCACGUGAUCCCAGCUGUGUGUCUAUGAAGAGUGACCGUUCAAUGGAACAUCCACUGAAACUCAGCGAGACUGACUGUAAUACUGAGUUCAGUCAGAGUCAGAGAGAGAGAUCAAACUCACCUGAACUCAGCUGUGCGUCCAUGAAGAGUGACCGAUCAAUGGAACCUCCACUGAAAUUGAGAGAGGGAGAGUUUUCUGUAAGUGUCCAAAAGGAGAAAUCAAAGCUGAUCUGUGUAGAUCAUUUGGAGUCCAUAUUCAAGGAUCUGGAGCACAAAAUAACCUCUCUGGUGAAGAAAGAGCUGAAGAGGUUCAAGAAGCUGCUGAGUGCAGAUUACCCAGCAUGCUCUGAGAGAGAGGUGGAGGAUGAGGAGGAUCACAGCAGUUCCAGAGAGGGGGUGCUGAAGAUCACACUGAACAUGCUGAGGAACAUGGAGCAGACAGACCUCGCUAACACACUACAGAGCAAGCUCUUCUCUGUGUAUCACAAAAAGCUCAAAUCAAAACUGAUUAAGAAAUUUGACAGAAUUAAUGAAGGAAUCUCACAGCAUGGAAGAUCAACCCUUCUGAAUGAGAUAUACACAGAGCUCUACAUCACAGAAGGACUGAGUGGAGAAGUCAAUGCUGAACAUGAGGUCAGACAGAUUGAGACAGCAUCCAGGAGACCAGCAACACAGGAGAAACCCAUCAAAUGCAAUGACCUCUUUAAAGACAAACCCAUCAGAACUGUGCUGACUAAAGGAGUUGCUGGAAUUGGAAAAACAGUCUCUGUGCAGAAGUUCAUUCUGGACUGGGCUGAAGGAAAAGCAAACCAGGACGUUCUCUUCACAUUUCCACUUCCUUUUAGGGAGCUGAAUAUGAUGAAAGGUAAAAGAUUUAGUCUGAUGGAGCUUCUUCAUAAAUUUUUCCCAGAAAUAAAAGAACUAAGAUUAAUAAACUGUGAUGCUUACAAAGUCAUAUUUAUCCUUGAUGGUCUGGAUGAGUGUCGACUUCCUCUAGAUUUCCAGAACAAUGAGAGCUUGUGGAAUGUAACAGAUUCAGCCUCAGUGGAUGUGCUGCUGACAAACCUCAUCAAGGGGAAUCUGCUUCCCUCUGCUCUCCUCUGGAUAACUUCUCGACCAGCAGCAGCCAAUCAGAUCCCUCCAGAGUGUGUUGACCUGGUAACAGAGAUACGAGGGUUCAGUGACCCUCAGAAAGUGAAGUACUUCAGGAAGAGAAUCAGUGACCAGAGCCUGGCCAAUAAAAUCAUCUCACACAUGAAGUCCUCAAGAAGCCUCUACAUCAUGUGCCACAUCCCAGUCUUCUGUUGGAUCGUAGCCACUGUUCUAGAGAGACUGUUGGGUGAAGCAGAGAGUGGAGAGAUCCCCAAGACUCUGACUCAAAUGUUCUUACACUUCCUGAUCUUUCAGAUAAAACACAAGGACCAAAAGUACCAUGGAAAAUGUGACACUGAUCCUCAACAGACUAGAGAGAUGAUUCUGGCAUUGGGAAAACUGGCUUUCCAACAGCUGGAAAAAGGAAAUUUGAUCUUCUAUGAGGAAGACCUGAGAGAGUGUGGCAUUGAUGUCAGAGAAGUGUCAGUGUGUUCAGGAGUUUGUACCCAGAUCUUCAGAGAGGAGUUUGGGCUGCACCUGGGGAAGGUGUUCUGCUUUGUGCACCUGAGCUUUCAGGAGUUUCUGGCUGCUUUAUAUGCAUUUCUGUCCUUCAUCAGCAGAGAUGGAACAAAACACGUAACCAGUGAUCUCUCUGACAUUUUCAAAAAGUCAGAAAUCUCAGAAUUCCUCAAGUCUACAGUGGACAAGUCCUUACAGAGUGAAAAUGGACACCUGGACCUUUUCCUCCGCUUCCUUCUGGGCCUCUCACUGGAGUCCAAUCAGACUCUCUUACAAGGCCUAAUGACACAGACAGGAAGCAGCUCUCACAGCAUAGAGGAUACAGUCCAGUUCAUCAAGGAGAGGAUCAAGGAGAAUCCGUCUCCAGAGAAAUCUAUCAAUCUGUUUCACAGUCUUAAUGAACUGAAUGAUCAUUCUCUAGUGCAGGAAGUUCAAACAUACCUGAACAGAGGGCAUUAUUGUCUCCGUGGAAUCAAACUCUCUCCUGCUCAGUGGUCAGCUCUGGUUUUUGUGCUACUGAAUUCAGAAGAGGAGCUGGAUAAGUUUGACCUGCGUAAAUAUGACAGAUCAGAGCAUUGUAUACUGAUGCUUCUGCCAGUGGUCAAAGCAUCCAGAAAAGCUAAGCUGACAAACUGUAAUCUCACAGAGAAAAGCUGUGCAUCUCUGGCCUCAGCUCUCAGCUCAGACUCCUCAAGGCUAAGAGAACUGAACCUCAGUAAUAAUGAACUACAAGAUUCAGGAGUGGAGCUGCUCUCUACUGGACUGAAUAAUCCACACUGUAAACUGGAGAUACUGAGGCUGAGUCGAUGUAAUCUUACAGAGGAAAGCUGUGCAGCUCUGGCUUUGGCUCUCAGCUCAGACUUCUCAAUUCUGAGAGAAUUGGACCUCAGUAACAAUAAACUACAGGAUUCAGGAGUGGAGCUGCUCUCUGCUGCACUGAAGAAUUCACAAUGUAAACUGGAGAAACUGGAACUAAGUGGUUGUAAUGUCACAGAGAAAUGCAGUGCAGUUCUGUCUUCAGCUAUCAGCUCAAACUCCACAAGUCUGAGAGAACUGAACCUGAGUUACAAUGAACUGCUGAAGGAUUCAGGAAUGAAGCUGAUCUCCGAUGGACUGAAGAAUCCACAUUGUAAAGUAGAGAAACUGGAACUGUGUGGUUGUAAUCUCACAGAGGAAGGCUGUGCAGCUCUCUCCUCAGCUCUUAGCUCAAACUCCUCAAGUCUAAGAGAACUGGACCUGACUGGCAAUAAAUUGCAGGAUUCAGGAGUGAAGCUGCUCUCUUCUGGACUGGAGAAUCCACACUGUAAACUGGAGAAACUGGUGCUGUAUAACUGCAGUAUUACAUAUGAAGGCUGUGCUGCUCUGGCUUCAGCUUUAAAAUCAAACCCUUCCUCUCACCUGAGAGAGCUGGACCUUAACUGCAAUAAACCAGGAGAGUCAGGAGUGAAGCUGCUCUCUGAUCUACUGGAGGAUCCACACUGUAAACUGGAGAAACUGUACAUCUGAGCACCAGCCAGCUGUUUGCUCUCAAACACAGAAGGUUAUGAGGAGAGAAGUCUUAGUACAAACACACACAUACACACACACUCAGUAUAUGGUUCUACACAUCAGUGUGUGUGUUUGGGCUGUUAGUGGUCAAAUCUGUGAAAACUGCUGCAGCACAUGACUAUGUGAUCUCCCCAUGACAUCACCAUCAAACCCCUCAUGCUGUUCAAUGAUCCCACAGUGACGAGAGAUGAUGAGAAUGUGUACAGGAGCGAGGAGCACCAGGUGUCAGGCAACCAAUGGAAAUGUAGAUAUAUGAUUAUUGGUUUUAGAGACUGAGAGAGAGACUGUUUCAUUCUGCUUAAACAGACAGGGUACACCAUGACUAGAUUUAAUGUAUACUGACUUUACCUACUGAGAUGUAUACUGUAUAGAUGUAUACUGAUGUAUACUGACUUUACCUACUGAGGAUGUUUUGGUUUUAAGCUACAAAAAAUAAAUCCUCCUUGUAGUUUGACUUAAAAAAUUGUGUGUGUGGUUAUAUGUUUUCAUUUCUUUCACAUGUAAAUGAUGUACAUUUGAUCAUAAAUGUUAGUGAAUUAUUUUUCAGUGGUGAAUGCUGUGUUCCAGUAUCAGGUCCAGUCCUUUGUUCCUCAAGUCCAUUUCUGGAGGACACCCCACUGUACUUAAGUGUUCUCCUGCUCCAGCACUGUGCUGACUAUGAACUAGUGACCAGGGGUGGAAACAUUUGGGAGCUUCAAGUCACAAACUGGCACAUAGGUGCUCAGUGUUAGAUUCAGUCCUUACAGUCUCUAAGUUAUUUGUAACAUUCAGGCUUCUCCUGCUUUGUCUUUCUUUGUUUCUGUGUGUCUGCCUUUGUUUAUUUUCUCACAUUUGUUUACAUCUACCAUGUGCUUUUGUUGUUUUGGUCUGUCUCCUCCCAUGUCAUCUGUCCCACCUGUGUGUUGUCUGUAGCCCCACCUUCUCAUUAGCCCCAGGUGUUUCUCAUGUGUUCUUUGUCUAUUUAUUUGCCCUGGUUUGGUCUGUUCCUUGCUUGGCAUUGUUUGUAGUGUGUUUUAUUGAUUAUUAGUUUGAGUUGUUAUUCCUAUGCAUUUUGUUCUCUGUUCUUUGCUUUUGGUGGUUCUUUUUUUUUUCUUUAGUGCUUUCCUAGUUUUACUUUUCUUUUGCUUCUUUUGUUCACGUUUGCAUCUUGCCUUCUCCUCUUAUUUGGCUUCCAACACGUUACAUUAUUGGACUGAGGAAAAAUGAGAGAGCUAUUCAGCAGCUUUGUUUAAAAUCUAAAAGUUCUUGUUUUUGCCAACAUUAUGUAGAUAAAGAAGUUAAAG